UAUAGCGGCAAGUGCCCAAAAUAGGUACACCUGCCCAAAUGGUACAAUACCCUAUUAGAUUCACCGAAAAAAUUCAAUGAAUGUUAAUAAAAUGAAUUAAAUGGUGAAAAUCCCAAUUUGUUGAAAGUUGCAUAAUGCAUAUGCUAAUACAAAACAACGUUCCUAGAAGAGUUUGGCUGUUCAGAAAACGUGAUGAUUCCUAUGGAAUAGCCAGUGAGAAGAUUACCAGUCCAGGUUUUCCAUAUUUAUAAACACUGCAAUGUAAUUGAUAACAACGCUUCCACGGGAUGGCGUUGGAAUUUCAACGAGUGAAGUAAAAAGCUCCAGCUAUGGUAUAAAACAGUGAUCUCUGAGAUCCUUUGAAUCAAACUCGAUCUAACUAUUGAGCAUUAAACAUUACCUGAACUGAAGUUCCUAAACAAAUUCAAUCAAAUCAAAAUGAAAUCGUUCGUAGCAUUUGCUGUCAUCGCGACCGUCAUUGCUGCCGUAAGCUGUGCCCCACAGUUUGGAUUCGGGGCGUCCGGAGCAGGAGCCAAUGCCGCAUCCCAAGGAAUGGGUAUGGGAGGAGGAUUCCCCGGCAUGGGUGGAGGAAUGAGUUCUUCAAACGCCAACGCCGGUGCACAAGGUUUCGGAAUGGGCGGUGGAUUCCCCGGCAUGGGUGGCGGAAUGGGGGCUUCGUCCGCAAACGCUGGCGCCGCUUCGCAGGGAUUCGGAAUGGGCGGACCUUUUGGAGGCAUGGGUAUGGGCGGUUCGGUGGCCAAUGCAGGAGCGCAAGGAAUGGGCCAGGGAUUUGGUGGAUAAGCAGUUAAUUAUGGUUUCAGACAUUCGCUAGGUUAUCAAAUUGUUUUCUCGAAGAAUAUGUUUUAAUUUAUUUAUUCCAAAAGAAUGUAAAAGUUUACUUAUCAUACGUACGUGUAUUUCUCUAGAGCAAUAAAUGAUUAAAUUAA